AUGGAAGCAAACCUUUCGGAUGACAAUCUGAAGUACUACCAAUUCUCAGGUUACACCCUGUACAAUCUACCUAAAUACCGGCAAGUUGCAAGUGGAAUUCUAACUGGAGUGAAAGAAGGCCUCACCUCACACUACGAUAUGAUCAAGAGUAUGGGCUCGACACAGGACAAAUGGCUGGACACCAAAUCAGGUGAAUCUUCUCCAAUUCCUACUGUAGGUUAUAUAGGGGGCAUGUGGGUUGCUUGUGAACUUCCAAUCUGUCGAGGUGUUUUGCCAAGCAAUCGUGUCCGGUACGUAGUCUAUUGUGAGGGUUUUUUGCCAAGCAAUCGUGUCCGCAACGGCUUCGAUUCUCGCCGCCGGUCGGCUAUGUCGGAGAGUGCCACUGUCCACUGUUUCUCUGUUGUUCGAGCUUUGAGUUCGUUGAACCUUGAGGUCUGGAAAGCCGGCUAUAUCGAAGAGUGCCACUGUCCACUGUUUCUGAUUCUUGGCCCAGCCGGGUAUGUCGGAGAGUGCCACUGUCCACUAUUUCUCCUUUGGGGCUAUAUCGGAGAGUGCCACUGUCCACUGUUUCUCCUUUGCUAUAUCGAAGAGUGCCACUGUCCACUGUUUCUGAUUCUUGGCUAG